GCUUAAUUUCAAGAAAGAUGUCUGCUCUCGAGAGGCAAGCUUUGAAGUCCAAGAUUGGUGGCUUACCGCCAAUGGCUCCACCCGGAGUUGGAGGAGCAUCCAAACGACACUUGCUGAGGAAGAAAGACUACACUGCAGUACACUGGGAUAAAUACUUUGAUCAGAAACAUGAUGUCAAAGUUGGCGAAAAUACAUUCCGAUUGUAUGAGUGUGGGACAACUGGACCAGUUCUUCUCUUUUUACACGGAGGUGGAUUUUCUGCCCUGUCAUGGUCAUUGGUGUCGUCCACGCUGUGUCAGUUGGUGACCUGUCGGUGUGCUGCUUUGGAUCUCAGAGGACACGGUGAUACAGCUUCCACAGAUGACAGCGACCUCUGUGCAGAAACCCUGUCCAGUGAUGUUGGUGAUGUUGUGAAGUCCUUAUAUGGAGAUGAGCCACCACCUAUUAUCCUGAUUGGUCACAGUAUGGGAGGAGCUAUCGCUGUACAUACUGCAGAGAGAAAGCUUAUACCGUCAUUAAUUGGUCUGGUUGUGAUUGAUGUUGUUGAGGGAACUGCUAUGGAGUCCUUGAACAGUAUGCAGAGUUUUCUGCGUGGAAGACCUUCCAUGUUUAAAUCCCUAGAGCACGCCAUUGAGUGGGGUGUUCGCAGUGGACAAAUCAGAAAUCUGGAAUCUGCCAAAGUGUCUAUGGUUGGACAAGUAAAACGACUCGACACUCAGGAAACUGCUACAUCAGAAAUGGAUCACAUUUCUGGGUCAGUGGUAAAUGCAUCAGGGCCAAGGGUUGGUGAUGCUAUACAGGAGGAGGACGAGGAGGAGGAGGGAGAAAGCAUAUCCUCACCAGAAUCUCAACAGCCAAGCAGCUCAGAUCAUUUCAAAACACCCAAACCAACAACAGAAAACACAUCUCAAUAUACAUGGCGGAUAGAUCUAGGCAAAACUGAAAAAUUCUGGAAAGGGUGGUUUCAAGGCCUUUCUCAGCGGUUUUUAUCCUGUGAAGUUCCUAAAAUGUUGGUUCUUGCAGGUGUCGACAGACUAGAUAAGGAUUUAACUAUUGGUCAAAUGCAAGGUAAAUUUCAGAUGCAGGUUUUACCUCAGAGUGGCCAUGCUGUCCAUGAAGAUGUUCCAGAUAAGGUAGCAGAUAUUUUGGCAACUUUUAUGGUGAGACAUAAAGUUGCUGAACCUAGAGACAGUUUUCAAAGGUCCUUCCCAGCCUGUUGAUGUUCACCCAUGUCCAUUUACUUCUUGGAACUUGUACUCUUAGGGUUGUGUACAGGACUUGCAUUACCCAUUGUCCGACAGUCCUAUUCAACUUUUGAAGGAUAGAGUGUUCGCUAUGCAGACUGAUCUGCUGACCCCUGAGUCUGAAUACUGCUGUAUAAUGCUGUAUCCUCCGGCCACACUAUGGGGUCAGGAGGUAUUGCCGAUUGCCCUACUUCAGGAAGUGUUGCUGUCUUUUCCUACUACAGUGUUGUUGCAGGAAGUAUUGCCGAUCCUUCUUCUUCAAGAAGUGUUGCUGUACCUUCCUACCAGUGUUGUUACAGGAAGUAUUGCCGAUCCUUCUUCUUCAAGAAGUGUUGCUGUCUUUUCCUACUACAGUGUUGUUACAGGAAGUAUUGCCGAUCCUUCUUCUUCAAGAAGUG